AUGCUGCUCAAGUACGUCCCCCUCUUCGAGCUGUCCGACGCCUUCCCGCGCGAGGCCAUCCUCGAGCGCGCCGCCGCCUCAGGCAUCCUCGUCCACGAGCUCGCAGGAGGAAAGCUGGUGCUCAAGGGGCGGCGGAGGUCCGACUCGGCCUCGCUGCCGCCCGGCGCGGCGGUGCCGGUCAAGGUUGGCUCCGCCCCGAACUGA